AUGGAGGCACCUGAAGGGCCCGGCCCGCACAGACGCACGCAGCGCGCGCUGAAGCUUCUGGCCGCCUUGGGUCUGCUGAGCCUGGGGCUCUGUGCGGGGCGCUGGUUUCUACUCACCAUCACCGAUUCAAGAGCCGAAAACGAUUCGUACGAUUCGUAUGAUUAUGAUUUGUUUACGAUUGGGGGUGGCAGUGCUGGUGUGCGGCUGGCUCGGUUCAGCGCUAAAUACGGUGCACGGGUUGGCCUGGCAGAGCUUCCAUUUGCUGUCGUCAGCGACAAGCAUUCGGCUGGUGGCCUGGGUGGGACAUGUGUGAUUCGGGGCUGUGUGCCAAAGAAGCUUCUCGUCUAUGGAAGCCAGUUGCAUGAUGAGCUACGCGAUGCUCGCGGGUAUGGCUGGGACUUCCAUGGGCGUCCACGGAUCAACUGGCGGCGGCUCAUUGCAACGAAGAACAAAGAAGUGGCCCGCUUGAGUGGAAAGUAUAGGGAGCUGCUCAACGACGCGAAGGUGGACGUCUUUGAAGGCUAUGCCCAGGUGUUGAGUCCGCAUAUGGUCUCUGUGAACGGAAAGCGUGUGACAGCCAAAUAUAUUUGUGUGGCAACCGGGAGCCGGGCAUCGGUGCCUAAGAUCCCAGGGAGCACGCUGCCUGGCGUCUUGACGAGCGAUGAUGCCCUGAACCUGUCGCAUCUGCCGCGGAGGAUCGUCAUUGUCGGUGGGGGCUAUAUUGCGAUGGAGUUUGCAAGCUUCUUUUACGGGUAUGGCUCGGAAGUCCACCUCGUGCUUCGUGCUGACAAGCCCUUGCGUGGCUUUGAUGCGGACGUGCGCGCUCACCUUCAUAGCGCACUCCAGCAGCGAGGCAUCCACUUGCAUGCAAACGAAACUCCAGCAAGCAUCGAGCGAAGAAAGCUAGGUUGGGGAGAGCUCAUUUUCCGAACAGACCAAGGGACGGUGCUAGAGGUUGACAAUGUCAUGUUCGCAACGGGGCGCCGGCCGAACACAGAAGAGCUCGGACUUGAAGCCGUCGGGGUAGAAGUCGACGCCUUGAGUGGCAAGAUCCUGGUGGACAAGUUCAGCCGAACGACGGUUCCAUCAAUAUUUGCCAUUGGUGAUGUGACAUCUCGAAGAAGCCUCACGCCAGUGGCGUUGAUGGAGGCCACGGCUUUGUCGGAGACAUUGUUCGGUGGACGAUCAAGGGCUCCAACCUAUGACAAUGUGCCGAGUGCUGUGUUCAGCCAGCCACCCGUCGCAACGUGCGGCUUAAGUGAGGCUGAGGCUGUGGACAAGCACGGGGAAGUUCAAGUUUUCAUGAGCAGGUUCAAGCCAUUAAAGCACACCAUGCCGACUGGCCGAGCUGGCCAAGAAAUGGUGCUGAUCAAGGUGCUUGUUGCGAACCGGGGUCGUUCUGCGGGAACUGUUGUCGGCGUUCACAUGGUGGGCGAGGAUGCGCCCGAAAUUGUUCAGGCGCUUGCGAUUGCUUUGAGCGCAGGCGCCAGCAAGGAACAGUUUGAUCAGACAGUUGCGCUGCACCCCACCGUGACCGAAGAGUUUUGCACACUGCGAGAAGCCACACGCAUCGCAAAAAGACGCCAGAAGCCGAAGUUUUAG